GGGGAGUGGUCUGCUGAUGUAGCCGGUCUGGAUCGCAGUCUCCCGGCCCGCCGUGAUCCUCCUUCCUCUCCCCCGCCUCGUCGUCACUUCCAGCCGGGCCGCUGACGGCGCUCAGUCCGGCUCUGAAACCAUGGAGCUCCGGUCGAUCUUCCCCGCGCUGCUCUGCCUCUCUGCCGCCGCGCUGCACUCGGUGAACGGCGCCUUUUCACGAAGAGGACCGAAGGUCACCGAGAAGGUGUUUUUUGACAUCACAGUGGGAGGUCACGAGGUGGGGCGCAUCGUCAUUGGUCUGUUUGGAGAGGUCGUCCCUCUUACUGUUAGCAACUUCGUCGCCCUGGCAACAGGAGAGAAAGGUUACGGCUACAAGGGGACAAAGUUUCACAGAGUCAUCAAGGAUUUUAUGAUCCAGGGAGGAGACUUCACAGCUGGAGACGGAACCGGAGGUCACAGCAUCUAUGGGACAACAUUUGCAGACGAAAACUUUAAACUGAAGCAUCUAGGAGCCAGCUGGGUGAGUAUGGCCAAUGCUGGUCCGGACACCAACGGCUCUCAGUUCUUCAUCCUGUCCACCAAAGCACCGUGGCUGGACGGGAAGCACGUGGUUUUCGGCAAAGUUCUGGACGGGAUGGCCGUCGUUCACACCAUCGAGCUUCAGGACACCAACGACAGAAACCUGCCGCACACCGAGUGCGUCAUCGUCAACAGCGGCCGGAUCCCGGUCAAAGAGCCGUUCGUGGUGGAGGUGGACGGCUGGUAAAUCCUGGAGGACAAACACUCAAUAUCAAUGUGAAACUCCAUUUCAGUUAGUGCCAAACUAAUUUUUUCAAUUCAUUUGCAUAAUUGAACAGUAAUGCCAACACAUUGGACAGGAUAUAUGUUUGGAUUUUCUUAGAGAAACUUAGUUUUUCAUUUGAGCUACUAAAAAAGUGGAACUAUUCCAACAAUGGAAUUAAAUGCAAGCAAGCUAGCAUAAUAGACACAUCACUGAAACGCUAACUAAAUCCUAGCUAAUGUUAGCAUGUUUACAUGGUCCAAAGGUAUGCUAGCCUGCUAGCUGUGGGACAGAUGUUAACACAUGGAAAAGCAGCUAGCAAAUUUAGAAUCAGUGCAGGUUUGGCCUUCACAUUAACUAGUUUGAGGUUCAGUUGGCACAAAUUCACAAAUUGUUCAUGCUAAUAUAUCAAAUCAUAUCAAGGAUGAAUAUUAUAAAACAACUUUUUUAAUGCUUGUAAAAGUUUAGUUAAAACCACGUCAGGCAUCAUAAUACAGUUCCCAAAUAUUUCUCUUGUCAAAAACCAGAAUAAAAAGAAACUAAAAUUCAGAUUGAAAAAUGUGAUAUUUUGCAUUACAGUCACACUGAAAGCACUACAGGCUGUUUUAAUAUUUAAUCCCUUAAAGUUUAUAUAUUUUUAAAAAAAAUUAGCUGUGGCGCAGGUGUUAAAUAAAAUACUAAUAGAUUAUGAACAACCAAUACAAAUUAUUUAUGAUGCAAAUCAGCGACAUUAGGCAUCAUUAGGUUGAACAAAUAACAUUUUCUCAUCAGGAAUGAUAGGACUCUUGGUAUGUGUAGAAAAUGCAUCAAUAGGCAAUUCGGCUGCAUUAAACCCCAAAAUGAUUGAAGGUAAAGGGCGUGAAAAUAUAAGCUCCAUUUGUGAAAGAGCCAUUUUAUGCAGAAUGCACUGGUUGGAACAUGACAUGCCAUCUACACGUUAUGCAGUUGUGUUAUUAAUAAAAGAGCAAGCAUGUUUCUAUAAAAAAUAGGGCUUAUAUAUAUAUGCAUGUUAAUUACAUUUUACUGAUGCACCAGAUUAUUAUACUUUAUUAUUCUCAUAUGUUCCCAUAAGAUAUUUAUUUACAAAAUCUGAACAGAAACAAUCUAGAAACCUUUUGCAUUGGACACAAAUUAAAAUAAAUUUUAUUACUAUAUGUGAGCACAUAUUCAACCUCUGUCACCAAUUAGUUUUAUUUCAUACAUAUUUAUCAGGUUCUCUGUAGUUUAUGUUGGCAUGCGUGUAUAUUUAGUAUCUGUGUAAACAUAAAAGAGGCUGUUUUACUUUUUUACAGAGGAUAUUAUUAUAAAUGCAGGGAUGAUGCUGUGAAAUAAUAAAACCCAGAGUUGUAGCUCUAUGUGCCAAAUGGUUCAGCUCUAUGAAACACAUCUUAUGCAUUUAAUCUGAACAUAUGAGACGUUCAAUGCCUGUUUUUAACUUUAUGCCAAAAAACUCAGUAGCAAGUGUCAAAUGUUGUAGCAAAACCAUCUUUAUUGCAUUUUUAAAAAGAUUAUGCAUCAUAUCAUGUUUACUAAAACUACAGCACAAAUUUGCAUAAGUGAAUAUUAAAUAAUGUGGAAUGAGUGAUGAUCUGUCAGUACUGAUGUUUACUGUUGCAUUAUGUCAAUGACUGUGAUCCUGUUGGAUAAAAAGACUGUUAUUUUUAUCCAACUGUUUUUAUUACCUGAAAGACUUGUUGUAGCAUUAAUGCAAAAAUGUUUAUCCUCAUAUUGAAUCUUAUGCAGUUUAUCAGAAGAGCAAAGUGCCAACCACUGAUGUUUUUCUACAAUAAAACUGGAUUAUUCUAAAAUGA